AUGCCAAGAAUAAAUACAACAAACUAUCUUGAUUCAUCAGCAAUAUCCAUAGCUGUUAUAGCUAUGCAAAAUGUUGAUACGAAUGGAAAUUCAAUAAAAUAUUUUCAACGAUUACUUCAACGUUUUGGUGUUAUUUAUAUGGCAAUUGUAAUUAUUCUUGGAUUUAUUGGUAAUUCUAUAUCAUGUUAUGUUUUUGUUCGAAGUAAACUCAAACGUUUAAGUUGUAGUUUAUAUUUAACAGCUCUUUCUAUAUCUGACAAUGGUUAUCUUAUAUGUUUGGGCCUUAUUUGGCUUGAAAAUGUACGUGUUUUUAUAUUUCAUAAUAAUGGUAUUUGUCAAAUUACUGUUUAUUUAACAACAGUUUUUAGUUCAUUAUCAGUAUGGUGUACUGUUGCAUUUACAACCGAACGUUUUGUUGUUGUUGCUUAUCCAUUAAAACGUUCACAAUAUAAUUCCUCAGCACGUGCUCGUUAUGCACUUACUCUACUUACACUUUUAGCUAUAUUACUUUAUUCACCAUCAUUAUGGACAUCAGGUAUUGAAACAGCUAAAUCCGAACGACCAACAUUACCCCCCUAUGAAACACGUUGUGUUACAUUACGUCAAUGGCUUAAAUUUACACGUCAAAUGAAUAUAAUAGAUUUUUUUUUAACAUUUAUCAUUCCUUUUUUAACAAUUGUUACAUUAAAUACAUUAAUUAUACUUAAAUCAGGUCAAUAUGAUCGUUUAUUAGAACGUAAUUAUAUUCAACCAUCAACAUAUAUAUUACAUAAUUUAUUAGAACAUCGUUUACGACGUUCGAAAUAUCAUCGACGUAUAACAAAAAUGUUAUUAAUUAUUUCAACAACAUUUUUAUUAUUAAAUACACCGAUGCAUUUAUUAAAAGUUUAUUAUUUUUUCUUUUCAAAUGAUGAUACAUAUGAUGAAAAAUCUUCACAUGAAUCAAUUAUUGAAAUGUUAACAUUUUAUUUAUUUUAUACAAAUUUUUCAAUAAAUUUUUUCCUUUAUUCAUUAUGUGGAAAAAAUUUUCGUUUAUGUCUUAUGGAUUUAAUAAAACAUUUUGGUCAAUCAAAACAAACAAACAAUUAUUUAACAAAUGGUUUAAUUAUAGCUGGAAAUACGGCUAUUGGUGAAAGUCCUGUUGUUCAAUAUUUUCAACAUACACCACGUACACAUCAUCUACGAAAAUUUUCAAAACGUGAUAAUAGUAGUACAAUUAGUAGUGGUGGUUUUAAAGGAAAUCCAAUUUUAUCAACAUUUCAUGCAGCUGCAAAUGUUGCUACUGGUAGAAGUCAACAUAUGAUACAUCAGUCAUCAGUUGAUUCAUCAUUUAAAAAAAGUUCUUUAAAAAUUGAAUUAUUAACAAAUAGAUCAACAUCAACUGUUUCGAAAUUUUAUCCAACAUUUACGAUAAAGUGA